AUGUCGUCGAUGACGCAUCAUACGAUUCAGCAGAAGGCUACAUGCGAUGCAGACGUGGAUCUACUGAGCCAAAAUGUAGACGCGUUGAAUACUGCCAUCGACGCACGAGCCAAGGAAAUCUCCAUCUUAAAUGAUCUUCAGACCGGCCUGAUAUCCCACCGCGAUCGCCUAUCUUCCCAGACUGCACCGAUCCGAGUUCUUCCUGAGGACGUUCUGCGCAUAAUUUUCGAGGCUGGGUUUACCGACGGACGGAAUAGACGGAGCGAUUGUCCGUUACGGCAUAGCAUGACGUUCUCAAUCCGUGUCGCAUCAGUGUGCAAGAUGUGGAGAGACAUUGCGGUCCACACUUCGCUGUUGUGGACUGCUAUAUUCGUCUACUUAGACCGUGAACGCUCCAUUCUCGGUCUUCGUUCGCUCGUGCAGCGAGCACAAAGCCGGAAGAUUGACAUUGCCAUAGAGGAACCCUUCGAGGACUGCCCGCUCGAGCCAUGGAUUUUGGCGUCCGGUGUUGUACUAUUGCUGGUCUAA